AGGUUGUAAAGAAAUGACAUUUAUGUUUAGGAAACAUAACCUUAGAGAUAUGGAUCUCAAAUUCUGAAAAUUCAGUUCUCAAUAUCUGAUAAGAAUCCACUGCCCAAAAUGAAAUUAAUAAUUUGUGGGUUCAUCUCACUAUUUUAUUUUGAUAUUGUGAAAAGUGAUUUCACUGUAGAAGAUUGUUGGGCUUUAGGCUUUAACAAAGCAAAUCUAUUAUGUUCUUCCUGUGAGCAGCUUCCGAAUUUUGAUUUAGAUGUUAUAAAAAACCACUGCCGUGAAUGUUGUCAUCAAGAUGAGACCGUAAAAGAAGAGAAGAAGUAUGCAAAAGCUGUUCUUGAAGUCUGCACAUGUAAAUUUGGUACAUAUGCUCAAAUUCAAGCAUUCAUUAAGAGUGAUAGACCUAGCAAAUUUCCAAAUCUACAGAUCAGAUAUGUUAGAGGUCUAGAUCCCAUAAUAAAAUUGUAUGAUAAAGAUGGUCACUUACAAGAAACGGUGGCAAUUGAAAAAUGGAACACAGAUUCAGUUGAAGAAUUUUUGAAUACUCAUUUGCUCAAGCCUGAGGAGUUGGAUAAUGAUUAUUUAAGAACUAACAUGAUUUGAAUUAUAUCAAUAUUUAAAUAAAAAUUUUUGAAAUA